GGCCGUUAGUAGAAAUGGCCGAUUUUAACAGGUGGCCGUUAACACAGGUUUUAUAGUAUUAUAAAUGGCUUAAAAAAUCUACUGAUGGCUACUGAUUUUUUGAAAGCAAAACUACUGACGACAUCAAAACUGACCUGGCCUGGCAACCCUGUCUGUGGUCACUUUCAGAAUCAUCUAAUCCUAAUCAUCUCAUCAUCUGAGAUUUGAGAUUUAUUUUGGCGUACAGCUGUAGGAGAAAAUGAAAAUUCAAAAUUAUAAUAUGAAUAACUGAAACUUUCAAUAUUAUCUGUGAUUAGGACAAUUCAAAUCGAAUUUUAACUUAUUUUUAAUUUAAGUGGUAUGUCUUCUGGUAAAAAAAAUGUUAGUGUUUUACUGCAAAGUCCCACACAAAGUACACCAUUGCUUCCAGAAUCUUCCUCUUCUACAGUUUAUUUUAGCAAUAAAGAAAAAACGGAAGAAACACCCCUGUUUAUAACCGGCGAAAAUGGCAUUAAUGGUUCAUCAAAAGUUCUUGAUGGAUUUUCUCAAAACAGUGUUAAAUCUCAAAAUUCUAAACCUUUUAUAUAUGAAACCAAAAUUUAUCAAUGUGAUACGGAUUCAGAAUCUCAAAGUGAUUUUGAUGCUAUGUCUAUAGUUAGCAGAUACAAUAGUGGUGAAAACUUGGAAGAUGAAAUGAAUACUGAAAGGGAUUUUAUGGAAAAACCUGCUACCAUUCAGGACAUAUUAGGGGAAACCCCAAUUAGCAAUAAUAUUUCCCAAAAUAACCAAAAAGAAAAACACGAAUGCCCGUGUUGUAAAAAUUCUAGUCGACUUUGUAAUGCUGUGAAAUGUGCUACACCAAAGAUAUUUUUUGAUGAUGGAGUUAAAUCCGUAGAUUUCGUUUUAGUAUGGGAUUCCUCGGACCAUCACGCUACACUGGAAGAGUCUUAUGAUAAGAGACAGACGUUCGAGAGAAAUUUACGAAAAGAGGGAUUAGAACUCGAGCAUGCGCAUCCAGAACAAAAUGGUUUAAACUUUAUAAAGGUCCAUGUACAAAAAGAAGUACUACGCCGGUAUAGUGAAAUUUUAAAACUAAGAAUGCCCAUGAAGGAAGUUUUCUGUAAAACUCCGGAAGAAACAGAAAGAGUUAAUCUAUUUUCUAGUAUUGGUCAAAAGAUUCCCGCACUUCGACAAAUUUCAAGACAAACCAAUUUUCUUAUAGACGGAAUCACCGACCAGUGGGAUAAGCUAAGAACCUGGGUAUUUGUAGAUGAAAAUACAUUUCCUAAUAAAGCACAUCGAUUCACUGCCAUUUACAGUAGAGAUAAAGAAUACUUAUUCGAUGUGAAUUCACCCUAUUUCUUCACUCCAGCGAUACGUUCGAGAAUUGUUCAGUUUAUAUUAGAUAGAAAGAGGUACAGUGAUAAUAACAAUGAUUUUGACUUUGGUCUGGAAAGACUGUUAAACGAGAAAGUUUAUUCAGCAGGGUAUCCGUUACAUGAUGGUGACUUGAAACAUUCUGAUUCGGCAAGAAGUUUAUUAUACAUAGAAUGGGCGGCUUUAAAAAGGUGGUACAGAUACCAACCAUUGGAUUACGUAAAAGAGUAUUUUGGUGUAAAAAUAGGGUUUUACUUUGCCUGGUUGGGAUUUUAUACACACAUGUUAAUUCCCGCUGCCAUUGUUGGUUUACUCUGUUUUGUAUACUCCUGCGCAACAUUGUACAAUAACAUACCAACUGAAGAUAUUUGUCAUGAAAAAAUCAAAGAAAAAAUGUGUCCUCAAUGUGAUGUAUGGUGUGAUUAUUGGAAUAUAUCCGAAUCUUGUGUCCAUUCAAGAAUUACAUAUCUAUUUGACAAUCCGACAACUGUAUUUUUUGCCGUAUUUAUGUCAAUUUGGGCGACUUUAUUUUUGGAAAUGUGGAAAAGAUAUUCGGCAGAAAUAACACAUAGGUGGGACGUCUCAGGUUUUGAUAUACAGGAAGAACAUCCACGACCUCAGUAUUUAGCGCGCUUAGCUCAUGUCAAAAAAAAGGAAGUUAAUGUCGUUACAAAUACAAUGGAACCGCGUGUACCGUUUUGGAAAUUAAGGGUCCCCAUGACAAUACUGAGCUUCUCUGUCGUUCUACUUUUAAUAACAUUGGCGUUAGCAACUGUUGUGGCUGUGGUUAUGUACCGAAUGUCCGUUCUAGUAUCGUUAAAAGCAUUUAAUCCAUCGUCAGCGGUAGUUGUGGACAACAGUUCAGCUAUGUUAUUUACAACAUGCACGGCAGCAUGUAUCAACUUAGUUUUUAUUUUUAUUUUUAAUUAUAUAUAUUCUUAUAUUGCGGAGUACUUAACAGAGUAUGAAUUACUCAGAACACAGACUGAAUUUGAUGAUUCCCUAACGCUUAAAAUAUAUUUACUCCAAUUUGUUAAUUAUUACGCUUCCAUUUUUUACAUCGCCUUUUUUAAAGGUAAAUUUGUUGGGUAUCCGAAGGAAUACAAUACUAUUUACGGUUACAGACAGGAAGAGUGUGGUACUGGAGGGUGCCUGACUGAACUCUGUAUUCAACUCGCAAUCAUCAUGGUUGGUAAACAAGCCAUGAAUACCAUUUUAGAAAUGCUCUUCCCCUUAUUUUAUAAAUGGUUAAAUACUCUGAAGGUAAAAACUGGUUUAACAAAGGAACAAUUAUCUUGCAAACACUGUAGACCGCAAUGGGUGAAAGAUUAUAAACUAGUUACGUGGGGGCCAAGAGGUCUAUUUCCUGAAUACUUAGAAAUGGUGCUUCAGUAUGGAUUUGUAACAAUAUUUGUGGCAGCUUUUCCGUUAGCACCCUUUUUUGCUCUAUUGAACAAUGUUCUAGAAAUGAGACUAGAUGCUAAAAAACUACUGACUUUCUAUAGAAGGCCUGUAUCACAAAGAGUACGUGACAUUGGAGUCUGGUAUAGGAUAUUGGAUUCAAUAGGAAAGUUAUCGGUAAUAACGAACGGAUUCAUUAUUGCGUUUACAUCCGAUUUUAUUCCUAGAUUGGUAUAUUUAAGUACUCAUGAUGGUUUGGAAAACUAUCUGAAUAGUACACUUGCAUAUUUUAAUACAAGCGAUUUCAAAGAAAACUCAAGGCCUAAAAACUGGGAGUCAGAAUCAGUUUGUCGAUAUUUAGAUUACAGGGAGGCUCCAGGAACACCAAACGAGUACAAUCGAACAACUUUAUUUUACCAAAUAUUAGCAGCUAGAUUAUUUUUUGUCCUUAUUUUUGAAAAUUUGGUUGUGCUCGUUCUUAUCGUUGUUAAAUGGUUAAUACCAGAUAUACCAGCUGAUCUCAAGGAUAGAAUAAGACGAGAAGCGUACAUCACAAAUGAGAUAAUAAUCAAACAGGAAACCAGAAGAGCCCAAUGUGGCAUUGUUUGUGAAACACCAACUGAACUAGAAAAAAUAAAGAAUCUCAAUGAGGCGCCAUCUUCGCCCGAACAGUGGGAUAGAGUUCUAAGUAGAUCGAUGACAGCUACACUAUUCGACUCUCCCACUAAGAGUAGCGGCCCUUCCAAUCCAUCUCAGGAAUCUCAACCAUCUCCAAUAUCUGUAUAAGCUUUGUUUGCUCAAAUACUAUUUAUUUUAGACGGCUAUUGUUUAAAUAGUGAACAAUUAAUAUUGGUGAUGUACAUUAAUUCUGGGUUUAUUGGGGUUCAUUCUCGAAUAUUUUAAAAAAAUAUGGUUUCAAUUUUGUUUGUGCAAUAAAAGUGAGAUUUUACGUCGAAAUAAUUUUAGAGAAUCACGAUUUUAUAAAUGAUAUUCGCUAUGUUUGUUUAUAAUCUUGUGCGAUUUGUUUUAUUUUUGUUAAAUGUUUUUACUCGUUAAGUCCAAUUUAUCUUACGACGGGGACGUGGACGACACGGCUGUCUUACGGCGCACGUUGAAGAAUCGUCUAAUAUGAAAAGCAUAGCCUAGUUUACCUUACAACAAAACGGAGUGACACCGGGGAUGCGUUUUAAGGCUGAUUUAUCUUAGAACAAUAGACAGCGCACGUUCCAGUUGUCGCCCCGUUCCGUUGUAUAAACUAGCCAAUGCUUUUUAUAUCACACGAUUCUUCAACGUGCCCCGUUAAACAGCCGUGCCGUCUACGUACCGUCGUAAGAUAAAUAAGUUUAUUGUUCUACGGCACGUGCGCCGUCGUAAGAUAAAUUGAGUUAGUUGUAUUUAGGGCUCACUUUUUUUAUUAUGUCCUAUUUAGGACUGUUCAAAUUAUAUGUUGGUGCUGAGAUGAUUACUUCUAUGUGUGCCCUUAGCUUUCCUAAUACUACAUUUUAUUAUCAUGCCAUAGUUUUAAAUACUUCUAUGCAAUA